CAAUUGUUGCAAAUUAUUCCCACAUGUGAGGAUUGGGGAAAUUAUAAUCGCUGGGAGGGAAUAAACCGCACGGCGAGAUUCAGACGCUGGAGAAAUAUUAGCAUGACUUGAAAAUUUAAAUGUGGUGACGUUGUAAAUGCACAGAUAGAUAGGCAAUUCAUUCGUUUUAAAGCGAUAAAAUAAAACGAAUUACAUAGGACUGACUUUCAUAAAUGUUUUAAAAGAUGUUGGCUCCUACAAAGAAGAGGCCCAACUAUCAUUGAAAAGAACGGUUGAUCCAAGACGCAAUGGACUGUUGAAAUCGGAAGCUAUUCAAGGUGGACUAAGGAUUUUUUUGUUGUUGUUUUAACAGGUGAAGGUUACAUUUUCAACAUUGGACUACGAUCAGUUAGACACAGUAAAACUUACUACUACUGAUUAUUUUUCCGAAAUAAGCGAUCAAAGCACCUUUGUUUAUUGAUAUGUGCAGGUAGGUCAUCGAAACUUUGUCACAUCCCACUGCCACUCCUAUAAGCGCUUGAGGCCGUGAAAUGUUGUCAAACUGGUAUGUCUAUCUUACCGUGAUGACUUGUGAUUUCGCUGUGAAUGAAACACAUAACGUUAGCACCAAGAAAGGAAAUCUGAAAGUGUUUUCCUUUUAAAGUUUCCUUGUACGGAGCACAACAUAGUGUAAAGACAGGUACAAUGCCUUGGUUUCAAGCAAUAUAUUUCAGCUUGCUAUCCCUGCUGCAUCUUGUUUGGGGCAGAGUAAUCUUCAAUGGAAAUGAUGUGUUCCUAGAUGAGAGAUCAGCAGGUUCAUUUAUCUCCCGUAAACUGUUGAAAAACAGUUGGGAUUUUGAGGCUGUGGUGCCUGGCAAUAUAGAGAGAGAAUGCAUGGAGGAAAUAUGCUCGUAUGAAGAGGCCAGAGAGGUGUUUGAAGAUGACAAACUGGCAGCCAAUUUUUGGAAAACCUAUAGCAACAGUCAUGAGACUUUGCUCCCACUCGAUGUGUCUGGUUUGGUAGCUGGCAUUGUGGCUAUUGUAAUAACAGCGAUUAUAGCCACUGUGCUGGGCAUUUAUUGCUACAAGAACCGAGGCAAAAAUGCAAGAGGGGGAAGUGUUCCUGUGCAAAUGGGAGUGGAUGGCCAGCCAGUACCUGAAUCUGUGCCCUUGUCUAUUGUGGCUCCGGGUCUCCCCUCUUACAAUGAGGCUCUGACUCACAGUGGUCAGCACGAUGCCCCCCCACCACCAUACUCUGGGGAAAGUCCACCCGAGCCGACAGAAACUGCAGAUGAGGAAUGACAAAGACAUGAUGUGGUUUUCUUUUAACAAAACAUGUGUUGUUUUUGGGGUGGGGGGGAGGGGGGUGAUGUAUGGUUUUACUGUGAAAAAGGGGAAUUUUGGGGGUCUGCAAGUUGGUGGUCAUGUGCCACGGAGAAAGAAAUGACUGUCAGCUGCAAAGUGUAAUUUCAGUCUAAUUAGGUAACUUAUUAUACUUGUGCUACAUGUUCAGCUGUUAACUUUUUUAUUAUUAUUAUUUUCCUACUAUCACCAAAGGACAGAGUUGUAUUGUAAGCACACUGAAUGUUUUCAUAAAUCA